AUGCACGGACGCAAGCGGGAAAGCACUGCCAGUCGUCUCGAGCGAAGGGCGAAAUCCUUGCCGAAAGUAAAACUGUUGCAAAAAUUGCACAAAGAAAUCGUGCACUUACAAAACGCCGACGAUAACGAGAAAGGAAAGGAUGGCGGCGGCGGCGACGACGACGACGACGACCACGAUACGAAAACUCAGAAGAAGAUGGAAUCGUUAAUGCUCACUUUGACGCAAAAACUGGUCGAGAUUCAACCGGAAAUGAUCACGUGUUGGAACAAAAGGAAAGCACGUUUUUGUCUUUACGUUGUUGUUCGACAACAAAAAAACGAGGAAGAGGAGGAGGAAAGACUAAAAAAUGUCGCGAAAGAAGAAUUACACGUAUCGGAACAAGGGUUGAGGAGGAACCCAAAAAGUUAUUGCGCCUGGGAACACAGGAGGUGGGUAAUUGCUCGGUUGUACGAUCGAAUCCUUAGUUCGUCGUCGUCGUCGUCGUCGGAAAGAGGAAACGAAGACUCGUCGCUUCUUCCUUUUAUGAAAGAUGUCGUCCUUCGCGAGCGAGAGAUGUUAGAGACGCUGUUGAACGCGGACGAUAGAAAUUUUCACGCGUGGAAUUACCGGAGGUUUGUAGUGGAUAAGAUUACUCGGUAUUAUUUUAAUGGCGAGCACGAUAGGAUGAACGAGGAAGAAGUAGCUGAUGACGUUAUAGAGAACAGGACGAGAGAGGAAGAGGCGAAGUACGCUCGCGAAAAGAUUUCAAAAAACUUUUCCAAUUAUUCCGCCUGGCACCAUCGGUCCGUGCACUUCGAACAGUUGGAUGAUGAUAAAAACCAAGCAUCAGUAACGACAGAAACGUCGUCGUCAUCAUCACCGACGCGAUUCCAAGCCGUGCUGGACGCGGAAUUCGAACUCGUCUCUCAAGCAUUCUUCACAGAGCCGGAGGACCAAAGCGCGUGGAUGUACCAUAGAUGGUUACUUUCACAGCUCGAUGCGUAUUCCUCCUCCUCUUCCUCCUCGUCCAAAAAUGCGUACAAAAUACAAACGUUUCAGCGAGAAUUAGAUAGAAUUACCGAAGUUUCUGAAAUGGAACCGACGUGUAAAUGGCCCGCGCUCGUCUGCGCUCGCUUGCACAAACUCCUGGCGAAGGAAAUGAAACUCGACGACGAUUUCGAGCGGCGCGCGGAUGUGAUUUUGAAGCACUCGAUCAAAGCGAAAGAGCUUUACGAAAAACUCCUCCUCUUGGACCCGCUCAGGAAAGGGUAUUACAGAGACGUCUUAGAUAGAAUGUUGUAG